UGUAAUUAAGAACGAUGUCAUUUAAUGUCAUCUGCCCCUCGGUGCUAAACAGCCUUGCAGUACAAUGACCUUACAGUCGAGAGAUAAGAGAUAGAGGAUAAUAGGUACAUCUGCCAAGCCCCGACAGUACAGCCGAAAAUAGGACUUCCUAUUAUGCACGACGUGUCUAAAAGCUAAGCAGGCACAAUAUGUCUAAAAAAGUUGCACGUGGUUACAGGCACUACAGACACAUUUUACUCCUGUCGUCAAUGGUUAUGGUGAUGUCGAUAGCUUACUUCCUCUACACUGCGCAGACAAAAUGGCAGCACCUGAAAGGUAUAACCCGAUCACAGCGAUCGUCUGCUAUACGUCGUAUAACCAAGAGUCAUGCCUUGGGUGAUCAGAAGAACACUCUGAAGACUAUUUCUAACAUAUUAGACUCGAAAAGUGAGAAAGAGCAAUUUGUUCAAAUCGACACUGGCGAAAGUGUUAACGUAGCAGACGACAAAAACAUGACAAAACAUAUUGAAUGUCCAGAAGGCAAAGUGUACUUUAGUAAUGGCAUAUACGACUGCGAUGGUCUACUGAAAGAUCCAAACGGUACUAAAAUAAAUAAAACAGAUGAGCAAGAGUCAUUAAAAGAUGAAAAAGAACGGGAAAUUCUGGUCGCUCCAACUAGAGUGAUACAAAAGACCCCAAAGCUUUCGUCUCAGGCUGGGAAAAGUAAAGAGGAAGAUCAACGGAAAAAUACUCCAGACAUUAAAAAAGACGAAAUUGAAAAGAAAGAUAAGAAAGCAAAGAACGGCCCAAGAAAAAUGUUUGUUAAUUGUGGAGGUACAUUCCCGUGGGCAGUAGAACUAUUUUUGGACACUUACCCAAACUCAUCAUCGUACGAAAUAUUCACUUUUCUUCCGGAUACGUCUUAUAAAGUAAUGUAUUCGAAACUUCAAAACCACACAGUCAUUCCAUUUGAGGCUUCAUAUCAAAACGAAAUUACUCAAAGGAUUGCCCAAAUAGACCUAGCUGGUUGGUUGGAAACGAACACAAAGAAAUCGGAUUUUGUUAUACUGAGAAUAGAUUCAAAAGACGAAAUAAAAAUUCUGAAGCAUCUAAAUCAAAGCAGAGCGCUUGAAUACGUUGACAAAUACUACACUACACAAGGAAUUAAUGCUUCAGAACAGGCGCUUGGUGUUUUGAUGAAAAUGCUGAAAAAAUUUAAGUUAGACACAAAAGUAUGGGACAACAAAUUCCAAACAUACUCGGACCUCUACAUGUUAAACCUACAUCAUAUUCCAUCACCUGGGAAAGUUAUCACUUUGUGCCACCAGAAGACAGAUGAAGAAAAGUUCGCGCUCUUUUUGUUUUCAUCGUCUGCUAGUGUGAACGCACUGAAUGUUAUUAACCUUCUUCACAAUUUUUCACCAAAAGAUCGACUGCAACUGACAAUAUUCCUACCCUUUGAGACAUUUAAGUCUGGUUUGAUGAAUAUGGAAAAGUUGUUUGCAACAUUCCAUGUUGGCAUGUACUUUGACGAAGAUGGAAUGUUUGCAGACGACAAACUUCAAUAUAAUCUGCUAACAAACAAGUUGACUUUUGUGAGAAGAUUAUUUCAACGAUAUGGUCACGUAUUUCAGUACAUUCUUGUAGGAAAUAAUACCAAUAACAGAGUAAUUGCAAGUGUUCAAAAAAAUCACCAUUACAGUUUUAUUAAGGGUGGAACUGACAUAACACGUCUGACCAAGAAGACAUUAGAAGGCAAUACCAUCUCUAUAGAUGACACUGGAAAAGGAUCUGGCGACUUCUUACUUGUGAACAUUGAUACACCGUACACGGAGUAUUUAGUGUUGUACAUGGUAAGAAGAUUUGCUCCGUGGUUAUUAAAUCUUUUGGAAUGCGAUGUGACCGAUUCUGGUGAACUCUUAAACAAGACUGCUGCUUUCUUUUUAUAAUUUAACCCUUAGCCUGCUAAAUUUCUAUAAUGGACUGGCCCAUCAUUCAAUUUGGGCAAUACCAUUUAUUAUUCGAAGGGGUGUUCACUGAAAAUUUACUGACUGAAUAGCGAACAGUGCAGACCAUGAUCAUCCUGCACGGAUGUGCAGGCUGAUCUUGGUCUGCACUGGUCGCAAAGGCAGAAUCACUUGCCACCAGCAGGCUAAACGUUAAUGGCAAUAUAUAAUAUACUAAAGACUUAAAAUUUCUACAUUUUAUUUCCCUUCAGCAUAAAUUCAUACAAAAUAAAGACCACAUUCAAUGGGCAGGAUUUAACACAGCAUACAGUAAAACUCCUAUGUAAUGGUCCACUGGUAAAACCUGUGAGCAAUGUACAUCUGUUUGUCUACUGUAGAAAUAAGUUUUUUCAAUGUAGCCAUGAUACAAGUCUUUGAUUAGUACAAAUAAAGGCAAAUAAUGGCUUGUAGAGUACAUUCAAGCCUGCAUAUAAAGGCCACUUGGAAAAACUGAACUAACAUGCAGGAUGUCUCUGUUUACAUUUAAAGUACAGAAAUAAAAUGUGCUUAAGAUGAUA